GGAUAUCCCGUGGGGGCCAUAGGGCCAUAGCCAUCAAACCAUGGAGACCGCGAAGCUGGUGCAGCGGUGCUUGGCGGAUGUCUCUCGGAAGCCAGUUGAGAACGUGGACAUAUACCUGGAGGAUGAGGUGACGACCUGGCAUUUAGCCCUUCACUUCCCCGCCAGCGCGCCCUUCGUAGGAGGGCCAGGCUCCACUCUCAGCGCUUGUGACUUCUCCCUCUACGCUACGCUUUGCUUCGGACCAGAUUUUCCGGCAAAGCCUCCGAAGUUCAAGUUCGAGUCCAAAUGGAUCAACCACCAACACUUGUGGGGCGACCGCAUUUGCCACUCCCUGCUCUCGGAUGACUUUGCGGGCUUCUUCCAGGAGCAGCGCACGCACAGCACCAGCCUCUGGAAUGCAUCCUGUGCAUUGGCAGACGCCGACGGCAUGGGCGGCAUGCCACGCUACCUGCAGAUUCUGCGAGAGUUUCUUGGCAGCGACCUGGACUAUGAAGAGGAGAAACAUGUGAAGUACGAUUCCCAAUCGCUGAAGCUGGAUGUGGAAGCCCAGCGGUGCUUCCGGCCUGAGUGGCUGAAGGCGUCGAGCCGGCUGGAGCCGCGGCCACGUGGGGGCUAUGCAGAGCAGAAAGCAGAGGUGACAGCAGCACCCAAAGAGGCUUGGUGCGACUUCUUCCUGAAAACUCCGCUCCUGCCAGCGGAGCUGGAACGUCAUCCUUGCUUCGAUGUCGCGGUGGUGCCAGGGAGGGUGUCUUCGCUGGCCACGUCCAUGGCCAGUCUUUGCAAGCAGAGUUUUGAGCAGGGUGCGCGCAGCACUGAUCUGGGCCUCCCGGUGCACGCCAUCCUGCCCUACCCCUGCGAUUUGCAGGCUUGGUCAUCAGCUGGCCGGAGCCUGGCAGAGAACGGAAUCGUGCGGCUGGGAGAGGUCGCCCGCUGCUACCGACUGCAGCUGCCCAGUUGCCAAGGCAAAGAUACCAACGGCUUGGAAGACAUCCUGAACAUUGCGGGAGAGAUCUGGAAGACGACGUGCAUCAGCAUCGUGAAGAGUGGCGAGCACGAAUCAGAGCGUGCCAUGAUGUGCUUCGUCACUUUGCACUUCCUCCUCCUGUGCCUGGCGCAGGACCACGCGGGCCUGGCGGCCCACGCAGCGAAGACGGCGGAAGAGUUCCUGAAAAUGGUGGAGGCGGAGCCGGAGAAGAACCUCAAGUCCGUAGUGCCGGACUUGGGCCGCUUCCUUGUGAGGUUUCUCUUCACCGAGGGCGAGCUCAAGGCAAACCUACCCAUCAUCGUGCGUGAGCUUUUCUGCCGCAACGUUCGAUGGGUGCACCCAGAUCUUUGGCCAGAGUCGGAUGCACCCCCAGAAGUCAAGGAGGAGCAGGUUGCGGCCAGCUUCCAAGCCGGCCAGUUUGGCAUGAAGCUCUUGGUCUUUCAGAGCUACUACAUUCUGCGCUCACAAGAGCUGGGUUUAGAUUCCAUUGCUGCUCUUGAAGCCUGCCAUGGAAAGCCGGCCGCCAAUGCCCUCCAAGCGUUCCAAAGAGAUUGCCGGGAGAUCAAGGAGAUGGGAAGCUAUCCCGAGUUCUUCAUUUGGCUGCAGCUGGAUGACUACCUGGACAGGGACAUUCAUGAGAUGCUGUGCAACGCGGUGGAUGAGUCGGAGGAUAGAGGUUACAAUCAAGGAAUACCACGAUAA